AUGGGAAAGUCAUCUCAGAAAGAAUUGACAAAAGCAUACAAUGAUCUUAAUGAUGUUGGAGAUGCCUCUUUUAUUACACAAUGGGACAUAAUUCCUAAGCUGAAAGAUUACAGCUUUAUGGAACUUCCUUCCUUCUACAUCACAUCAGGCCAUAAGAAUUCAGAGAAAGAGAAGGAACCCUGCUGCAUCAUCUCUAUCACUUUAAAAGGCUUCUUCCCUCCAGUUCUUGCAAAUUGGUACCUGCUCUUGGUGCCAUUAUUGGUAUAUUGGUCUCCUUUUUAUCCUAUUCAAGUUUUACAUGAUUCUCUAAACGAACAGGCAACUGUCUGUGUAAUUUUGGAACUAGAUCCCUCCACUAUGAACAUAUAUUUGCAAGAUAUAUGCAAGAUAACAAGCACAGAGAGAGGCUCAGAGGAUACCAUAGUUAAAAUGUACAAGUCCAUUACAAGCAUACCUGAUGUACAACAUCAAGGAACUGAAGGAAAGUUGGUGCAAAGCCGGAAGAGGCCUGAGCACCAGCUGCCAGGUUACUCCGAUGAGAGAAGCGAUGGCCAAAGGCUAGCCAUUCUUUCUCCAGAAGAGUGCGAAAACCUUCCAGGGUACGGUAGUAUGGAUCAAGGCACACCUGUGCUACAGAUGACACCUGGGCAGUUACAUCAGAACCGUCCUCCAGGCACAGCAUCACAGAGGAACCCUGUACAUCUAACAGGUCCACAACAGCACCUGCUAGUUGCAUGA